AUAUAAGCGCAGAGGUGGCCAGACCUCAGCAGACUGCUACCGCUUUACCGAGAGUCUCAUCCACUCCUAAGGAGCCCGAACGCCAGAGACAAGGAGCAAACAGCGCGAGACCUAGAGAGGGAAUACCCCAGACUUUUUCCUCAACCGGGAACAGGAUUCCUCUUUACGCGCACUAGAAAUCUGUCCAAGAUGCUGUUUUCCACGUUUGUUGUUGUUUUCCUCGGAAGCCUAAACCUGGUCCUCUCCUCCUCCUCUUGCCCCUCCGUGUGCCCGCUGGAGAUGCCCAAGUGCGCUCCCGGCGUGAGCGUCGUCCUGGACGGCUGCUGCAAAGUGUGCGCCAGGCAGCUGAACGAGGACUGCAGCCUGACCGAGCCGUGCGACCACACCAAAGGGCUGGAGUGUAACUUCGGAGCCAGCUUUGCUGCUCCCUCAACUCGAGGCAUCUGUCGUGCCAAGUCAGAAGGCAGACCCUGUGAGUACAACAGCAAGAUCUACCAAAACGGAGAGAGCUUCCAGCCCAACUGUAAACACCAGUGCACAUGCAUCGACGGAGCGGUGGGAUGCGUGCCGCUGUGCCCGCAGGAGCUCUCCCUGCCCAACCUGGGCUGCGCCAGCCCCAGACUGGUCAAAGUAGCAAGCCAGUGCUGUGAGGAGUGGGUGUGCGAUGACGGCAAGCAGAUGGACAUCUUAGAGAAGAUCUUUGGCAAAGACAUGCUGACUGAUGAGCAGGAAAAGGACCUUACCAAAAAGAAUGAGCUCGUUCCAGUUGGCAAAGGAGGACUCAAAUCCCUACCUGCUUUCAGAUCACAGCCUGAGGUCCACAUGUUUGACAGCCAGAAGUGCAUUGUCCAAACCACGCCCUGGUCCCAGUGCUCCAAGAGCUGUGGAACUGGCAUGUCCACCAGAGUGACCAACAACAACAGCGACUGCAAGCUGGUCAGAGAGACGCGGAUCUGUGAAGUGCGACCAUGCACCCAUUCAACUUACUCCAGUCUGAAGAAAGGAAAGAAGUGCAGCAGAACCAAAAAGUCCAGCCAGCCGGUGAAGUUUACCUACGCCGGCUGCUCCAGCUUGAAGAAGUACCAGCCCAGGUACUGCGGAGCGUGCGUGGACGGCCGCUGCUGCAGCCCCCACGACACCAGAACCAUCCGCGUGAAGUUCCGCUGCGAAGACGGCGAGACCUUCCAUAAAAACAUCAUGAUGAUCGAGUCCUGCAAGUGCACUUACAACUGUCCACGUGCCAACGAAGCCUCCUACCCCGUCUACCGCCUCUCCAACGACAUCCACAAGUUCAGAGACUGAUCCCAGUCAGGCGAGAGGAAGACUCGCGUCAUCGUUGGCGGUCCAGAUGAAUGCGCGAGGACACCGAGACCACCAGCCAGCUUCCGUCUUCUUGUUGUAACUAGAUUCCCAAGGAAUUGUGGGCUUACAUCACAAGGACUAAAUGAAGUGCACUGUCUGCUGUGACUACAUCAGCAUCCCUUAUCUAAGCUGCUUCAUAUUAAUGGAGCCUUUAAAGUAGCUUCGUCAUGGAGCAAGAUGUAAUUAAUAUUUGUACAUUUAUGCUAGUAGCUAAAAUCUGUUCACUGUGUACAGUAUAUUUUGAUCCUUCAUGGCGGACAUGACCCGGACUGUAGACUUGCGUGUGUAUAUGUAGAUAUGCACAUCCACCAUUUCCGUUAGCGUUGUCUAUCCUAAGAACGAGACUUCGAGGCGUGACCCCUCGACUUGUUUAACGAGUGCCGAGGUCCCUUCCCUCCUGACGUGGGCAUUAUUGCUCAUGUUUUGUGGCAGCUAUUGAUGUCCCUUCAUGAAAAACCAACAAAAAAACCAACGCAAAACAUGUCAAAAGGAUGAAUGAAUGUUUUUAAUAUUGUUAUUAUUUAUCUUAAAAAAUGUAGCUACUUUAUUUGGAUAUUAUGUUUAAUACUGGAAUAAAUUGUAAAAUGAUUUAAUUUUAUAUGCUACAAUAAAACUGAUUUAUUUAUGGAACAUGAAA